AUGUAUCUUCUUCAUUUUCCCAUGGAACUAAUGUCCAUUCUCAAGUUUGUUUAUGGAACAACAAAGUGUUGGAUGAGGAUCAGCAGAUCAACUGAAAUUCAAAUCAGGGAUUGGUGCUACUUUGCAAUCUCCCAUCUGGCCAUAAUCUCAUUUUAUUAUAUGCUUAUGUUGAUUCCUGUCAUUUCAAUUUCUCCUCUCUGCUUCUUCGCUGCCAUUGCACUUCAUUUGGCAUAUUUCGUUAGACAACAUAGAUACUAUGCCACGGAAUACCCACCAGGUCCACCACCUAUGGCAAUCUUCGGGAAUGGCGUAUCCGUGAACACUCGUGCCCCGGAAAAGACAUUUUUGGAGUACAGAGCAAUUUACGGACCAGUUUUCACACUCCACUUGUCUCAACCAACGGUCAUUCUUGCGGACUACGACUCCAUCCAUGAAGCAUUGAUUCAUAAUGGGCAAAAAACCAGCGGGCGCUCCAACUCUGAAUCCUUUGUCUUGUUCACUGGUGAUCGUAACCAUGGGGAUGGUGUUAUCCUUUCGUCGGGCCAAAAGUCAAAGAACAUGCGCCAAGAGACUCAGAAGUUCCUGAGAAAUUGGCCUGGAAAGCGUAUGGACAAUUUGGUACUCCACCACACAGCCAGCUUAGAGGCAGCGCUCAUCAAACAAGCUGAGUCAAAAGGCUUGAGCGAUAUCAAGGAUCCAAUCUCUGGAGCUAUUGCUAACAUCAUCCAACAAAUGACCAUUGGAAGAAACUAUGAGUACCAGGACGCCGAGUUUCAGACACAACUCAGUAACAUCAACGCAGUCGUCAAAGAGCUCAUGACAUUUGGAGUCUUUUUUGUAAACAGUUUCCCAAUUUCUCGCUUCCUGCUCCAAUGGCUUCCUUCCAGUUGGAUGGCAUACAAAAACAGCGGAUUCAAGCUUCAGCAAUGGUUCCGAGAUAUUCUGAAUGAGCACAAGGUCAACAGACACCAGGACGACUUCAUGAGCCAUAUGCUUGAUCUUCAAGAGACGAGACCAGAAGAAUUCAAGGACCUCUCAAUCAUCCUCAACUGUGGAGAUAUGUGGACUGGCGGUAUGGAGACAACUACGACGACUUUGAGAUGGGGACUGAUCUACCUGCUCCAGAAUCCUGAAGUUCAAGCCAAGUGUCAUCAAGAAAUAAUUUCUGCCUUCGGAAACGACGCCCCAGAAACCAGCAAAAUGCAUCUAACUCCGUAUGUUAGAGCGACACUCUCCGAGAUUCAACGCUUGGCAAAUGUUCUCCCAUGGGCUAUUCCUCACAAAUCUUUCGAAGACUGUCAAAUCGGGGGAUACAAGAUCCCAGCUAACACGGAAAUUGUUCCAGCUCUCGGAGCUCUUCUCUGCGACCCAACCGUCUUCAAGAAUCCAGAAGAGUUCAAACCAGAACGCUUCUUGGACCAAUACGGAGAAUACUCACCUAUGGAGGAAUUCCGUCCAUUUGGAAUGGGACCAAGAGCCUGCCUCGGAGAGAAACUCGCUCGCACAGAACUCUACCUCAUCUUCUCCAGUCUUGUUCAAAACUUCCGAUUCUAUUUGAAUGAAUCCGAUCCAAAACCAACCACCGAACGUGUCACCGGGGGAAUCACCGCGCCGCCAAUGCCGUAUUCCACACGCGUCGAGUACAUCGGAAAUCGUCAAGUCUACUACUGA